CGACAUUAUUAAUUAUAAAUGGACAAGUUAAUUAGCUUCAAGGCAAAAUCUCAUGUGGGCCACUUGAAACAGGUGAUUACACAAGAAUAGAAACUCUAAUUUUAUAGUGAGGAGGAAGGAGAAUCAUCCAAUUCUCAAGACAAUACACCAACACCAGACAACAAGGGGAUAAACAAACCAAUUCCUAAGUAAAACGGAUUCUAAACUGAUGAUUCAGAAGGAGGCACCCCCAAGAGUCAAAGAAAUACUUAGUAAUAACACACAAGUACUUUUUUUAAUUUUGACAUAAGCAGCAAAGAUGUCGAGAUUUAGCAAUUUGGUAAAUACAAAAAGAAUAGAUGGCGAUGUAGAAAACGAACCAGAUUUCAGUGACACAGAAAACAAUCGUGGGCCAGUUGAAUAAGGCAAUCAAGAAGCAAAUUACAACAUUGAAGAACAAGCCUAAAGAAUUUAAUAAAAACUCUCCCUAAAAGCACAAGCAAAUCCAAAGUUAGCAAAAGCAAAGUAUUUAAGUGUGUAAUCAAUAGACAAACCUCGUCGAUGCAAAAUUUAAACACAAACUCAGACUAGGAAUAAAAUAAAAAGAACCCAUAACUGAAUUAAAAUAAUAAAAUCGCCCAACAUCCUUUUCGCCAUUUAAUAUUUGGACAAUACAUCAAUGAACAGGCAUUCAAAAAGCAUUUGCUUCUCACACAGAGAGGGUUAAUCUAUGCUCGGAAGUGUUUAAAAGGACCAUCUGAUAAAUUUAUUGAAUCCAAGAAAGUAUAUUUAAAUGAAAUCACUCCCAAAAAAGAGAAAACCCUAAUUCUUGAUUUGGAUGAGACCCUCAUACAUUCAUGCACUCCCAGAGAAAACCCCUAAGUCUAUGUUACAGCAAUAGGAGACUUCGGAGAAGAAGCAAAAGUAAAUCUUUUCAUACUAAUUUAGAUUGGUAUUAACAUACGUCCCUAUACUUCACUCUUCCUAUCUUCUCUUUCUUAAUUCUAUACCAUUUACAUUUAUACUGCGUCCUCGUAAGCUUACGCUUAGGCAAUCAUCGGCUAUCUGGAUCCGAAGAAACAAUACAUCUCUGGGGUCUUAUCGAGAAAUAAUUGUAUGGAAACUAAGAAUGGGUUCUUUAUCAAGGAUCUGAGAUUGAUUGGCAAUAAACAAUUGAAAGAUAUGCUUAUAAUUGAUAAUUUGGCUCAUUCUUUUGGAUUUCAAAUUGAGAAUGGGAUUCCGAUAAUGGAAUGGCAUAAUGAUCAAAAUGAUUAGGAGUUGAAGGCUCUAAUUGAUUAUUUAAAGGAAGCAGUAAAUUAUCCAGAUAUACGAGAAUACAAUACAAAUUAUUUGAAAUUGGAUGAACUUAUGGAAUUUCAUUUAGAUGAAUGAUUAUU